ACAAAACCCAGACUAAUGGAGUCGAACAAUAACAAUCAAAGCAACAACAACAACAACAACAAUGGCAAGCGCGGCAAGAAAGCGCGUAAAGCGCGCCAAGCUGCCACACAACCCACACAGCAUCAUCCCUGGGAUGAAGGCAAGAGAGCAGCUGCUACUGGCACGGCCUUGACGCGAUUUCUGGUCUGCAUGGCACCUGUGAUUGUGUCGCUACCUGGCGCCGGAGCUGCUGCAACUGAGCAGCCCACAAUAUUGUUAAUCAACGGCAUUGCCAACGACACAGUGCAGGAGAGAAAGGACAGAGAGAGCCUACAGCUAACGCUUGGUCAGCAGAGCAACAACGGAUUGGGUACUGACCUUUGCCAAGGUGCACAGGCAACACAGGCGCCCACAACCCCAGGCGGAUCGCAUUUGCUGCAUUUGGAAUCACAUCUGAUCGAGGACGUGAACGACAAGGGGCAAGGAGUGGGAAUUAGAGAGCUCACACCUAUAGCGCAGGAGCUGCAGCAAGGCACCUCCAAACUAGAGACUGGACAGGACACAGACGUCAUUGAGGUAGAGCCGAGUGGUGCACAGACCAAGCAACCCAUUGAAACUGAAGCGCCUGCACAUCACAUAGCCGAGGUAGACGAGACGGCUCCGCAGCAGCAGCGUGCAGCGGAUGCAGUGCAUCAAGCCGCCCAGCAGCUGGUAAAUGAGCUUGAACGCGAACUAGUCGAGAAUCUAAGCAAAGAUGUAGCGCAACCGCGCGAAGAGCACGACAAGCAACUGCAAGGUGAGCUUUCGGCAUUGAACACGCUCUCCCAGCAGGUGGACGCGCAGCUAAACGAACUCACCAGCAUUCUCAAGCACAAGCCACAGCCAGAGAUUGUAUUGGCGCCAGUGGAAACUGAACCGAAGCCUGAGAUAAAGUUGGUAGAAGUGCCUACGCCGAAAUCUGAGGUGGAAGAGCAACAACGCAAGGAGUUUAUCGACUCCCUACCACAAAUUCAUCACGUGCGUCUAGGCACGGGCAGCACAACUGAUGCGGAUGCCAAGCGCCUGUCCGCCGACUGCAAGCGCGAGUACUAUCAGUCGUUAAAGAAGUAUCUGCUGCAGAAUAGCCAGGAUAAGCCACCAGUGCCACUGCAGACUUAUCGCUGGGAGGAUCUACGUCGUGCCAGAGAUCGUGGUGGCUAUCCAUGGACACAUCUCUACAAGCGACCGCUUGGACCUGACGAGGAGCCCGAAAUAGUUUUAUUGCUACGAAAAUCACAAGAAUUGCGUUUCAAAUCCGAAUCACCCAAGUCGUUAAAGCGAGUGCGCUACGACGAACAGGUGUUGGUCAAGGAAACCGAACGCUAUAUACAAGAUCUCUCGGAAGACGAGGUGCUGGGCAACAGCGACACAGAGAGCAGCGAAGAGUCGGAGAGUGACACAGACAGCGAGGCGGAACGGCACAACGAGGACGCGCUCAGCGAGUGCAUCUCCUGCGUCUCAGAUUCUGUGCUUGCUGUGGGCGGACACGCCAGACCGAGGAAGACCAACCGCUUGGCACAAAUACGUGAUAUAAUCAAGCGUCGACGCAGUGGACGCACACAGGAGGACGCGCAAUCGUUGCCAGGCAACUCGGCAAAUCCAAGUCGACAGAGCAGUGUGCACGAGCUAGCGCCACCACCAGGUGCCUUGGUGCCUACCGCAGCCAAGGAGCAGACUAAAACUAAAACCAAGUCUAACAAAAGCUUUGACAUUAUGAAGAAACUUAAGAGUCUGGCGGAACGCCAGAAAAAGCGACUGAAUAUUAAGAAGAUAACGCUGAAAAAGGAUGAGAAGAUUGUGCUGGGCGAGCAGCAGAAGAUCAUGAAGCUGAAGGCUUCACCCAAAUCCAAGCGCGGUGAAAUACCACAUUUUAUAGAAAAACAGGAUUCGGAUGAUAUAUUGGAGCUAGUGGAAUAUGAUGAGUCGCCUUGUCGCAAGCGUAAUAAAGAGGAGGACAACGAGGAUCUGCCCUGCUCGAGUGGUGCACAGUCAGUGCCAGAGCCAGAUGAGAUCAUAGAGCUGCCUCUAGCGCAGUCCAAGACUGAAGAUUUGCCUGCUGAGGAAAUAACCGAGGUAGCUCAAGACGAGCAAGUGGCAUCUGCAGAGCAGGAGUCUCCGCCCAAGAAGACACCCAGACUGCGACGUGAGCACGUCUAUGAGGAAAUAGGUCAGAUGGAGCCCACAGCAUUACAGGCGGAUGCAGAAACGCCACCACAAGCUCAACCCCUUGUGGAGCUGGAUGCACUAAAGAAAUCGCUCAUGCGUCAAGAUAAUUUAGCACACGAUGACGUCGAGGCAGCCAAGCCAUUACCCUUGGAUCGCAUGGGCAGCAGCGAGGAGGAGCAGGCUGCAUCCUUAACUUCGGCCCAUACAGAUGCCUUGCUAGCGCCUCUAAGCUCCAUAGACUCCACCUCCUCGGAUGAGGAGCGUGCGCGUCUAGCACAACUUUCACCUGUCGCCGAGGAAACCGAUGAGCCCGCUGAGCACACCGAAACCAGCGAACUCCGUCCUUCACUCAAAAAAGAAGCAUCUCCAGCGCCGUCAGACAAGAAGGUUACCUUCUCGCAUGUGGAAGACGAAGCAGAGCCACAUCGUGAGGACAUAGAGCUGCCCGAGGAUGUACUGGAAGCUGUCAACAACGCUGCUAGAGCCAAGAGUGAGAGUGAUCAUGAAUACGAACCCGUGGGCGUGGACGCUGCCACGUCCGCCCAAAAUGCGAAAGACAGUCUGCAGUUACCAAUGGACAUUGAUAUGGAGCUCAGCUCAGCGGGCACCGCAACACCAUGCACUGAAUCUCGCACAGAUUAUGAAAUACACACAAGCCAGGUGGACAGCAGCGCAUUGGAGGAAUUGCCUCUACAGCCAGAGAAUCGGAAAAAGAGCUUUAUGGCCUCGGCACAAGAUCGCACACGUAAAAUGCAGGAUGGUCUAAGAAAUCAAGCGGGCAAAUUGCGCACUAGACUGCAACCCAAGCCCAAACCUAAGCCGGUGUCAGGCAGUCCCAAGGCUAAGGAACGACGACGCUUCAAGGCGCCUGAAUUCAGCAAAAUCAAAAUGCCUGAAAUUCAAGCGUCCACAUGUUCCAAGCUGAAAGAGCUUAAGCGACCCGAGUUUACCAAGUUUAAUAAACCGGACAUGUCUAAGUUUAAGCUGCCCGAGAAAUUUUCGACGCUCAAGCUGCGACGUAGCAAAAGUUUUAAGGAAAAUGAAGCAGAGCACCCCGAGCAUGACGCAACACAAGAAGCAACUGCUGCACCUGCUAAGAAAAAGUUUGAGUUUAACUUUGGCACAUAUCCCAGAGCUUUUCGCAAGAAGAAGCCUGUCGAAGAAACACCAAUGCCGCUGGAAUCGUCGCUAGGUACUGAGGGUCUUAGUCUGAGUGUUAUACCCAGCACAGAGACGCAGCCUUCGCAGACUUCAACCAGCUCGCCCCAGGGUGAUCGUGGACCAGGUCCUGUCCGAUCACGCUGGGCGGACAAAUUCUCGGAUGUGAGUUACAACGACAGCGAAGGCUCACGGUAUAGACGCUAUGGCAGCGAAUUAGAAAGCUACGACAGAGAAUCAUCUUUGGAGCGUCGCAUGAAGGAGGAUUUAGAGGGUGAGCUGGACACGGCCAGCGAAAUGCAGCCACAGACAGAAAUGGGCAUCCUAUCUGGCGUGGCGGACAAUAAACAGUUUGAGGAAUUUAAUGAAGAGAAUCGUGCCAUACAUGAAAUUUCUAGUCAACGCACACGUGAGUUUAAGCGUCGUCCAAUGGUGCAUCAGGAUUCGGACUUGCGUUCCGAAGACAGUCGCGAUGCCGAGGGCUGGACCGAGAAGGAUAUCCAAAAGAAUAAGCUACUGCGCAAAGCUGAACUGGAUGCAGAGGCUAGUUACUACAAAUAUCAGGAGUUGCAGGAUGCUCAAUCCACAGCUAGCUCGGGCAAGAAGGUUGUCAUGGAGCAAAUCGAUGACGAUGAGUUCUUUUUGCGCAAACGCGGCAUCUCCGAGGAUAACAUACAACUCCGUCAGUAUAUAAGCGAUGCCAUACGUGAGGGCUACGACAUGCCCAAUGCUUUGGAGCAUGUGGGUCAAUCUGCCCAGGCUGAUUAUGAUGUGCCGCCGCCCAAACCACGUAGACUCCAUCGACAUUAUCGUCCUGAUUUCGAUGACUCGCAAGAGUUUCAGCGCAGCGACUAUGGCGAUGAUUUCUCCAUGUCACAGAAUGGCAGCGAUUUUAUGCCCAAGCGUCCGCUACGCAAGGCUCGCAGUCGCAGUAAGUACUCCAUAGAAGGCAGUCAGGAGUUGCCCAUGGCCGAUGCCGGCAGCAGCAUACAGUACUUUGACGACGACGAGGAAUAUCUUAGACCACCCAUGCGUGAAGCAAUCAGCGAAUCGGAACAAGCACUGAAUAAUCUCAACUAUGUAGAAGCAGAGCAGCAGCAGGCAACAUCGAGUCCAGUAAGUCACCCGCAGGCGCCCCGACGCCAUAAGAAACGCACACGUGAUGGCGCCUCGGUGGAGAAGGAUGCGGACUCGUUUAUCAAUGGCUUUGGUGGUAGAUCAGUAUCGAAUACCUUUUUGCAGCCACAGGAAGAUGUAAUUGUUUAUCGCACUGAGCACGAAUAUCAUCAUCAUAUACCGCUAGCCACGCCCGACAAUUUCACGGACGGCGCCUCAGCACGCACACAACGCUCCGAGGAUGAACGCACCUCACGUGGCGCUGAAUCCUUACAGCUAGACGGGUCACCAAUAUCCACUGGUCGUGAGCAUGAACACGAGAAGUUUGUCAUCGAUAUGCAGGAGAGUGAUGGCUACGCUGUAGUCCGUAAGGAGCAGAUGCCCAAGCCGACGCCGCCGGCGCGUCGAAAGAAGUUCUCGCGAUUGCCGGGUGAACGUUUCGCUACGUUGCCACUCAGGCGUGGUUCAAGAGGUUCGCCGCCAGCACGCCCACCGCCGCCACAACAAUAUAUGCCUAGCGAAGGCGAGGAGGAAGAAGAAGAAGCGCAUAAGCAAUUGGUGUUCGGGGAGAAGAGCCUAGACACAACGAGCAUGAACAACAGUUUGUUGUUAAAGUCAAAUUACCCAGCAUCAGUCAGGACCGCAGAGGAGGAUGACUAUGAGGAGCCAGCUGCCUUGCGUGCAGAAUCGCCACGCGCCAAUUUGCAGUCCGGCGAGGUUAUCAGCAAGAUGAAACUGCGUCCGUUGCCGCCACCCCCACGCCCACCACGUGAACGUCGUUCAGCACGUGGCGGCAGCGGAGUGGAGAGCUAUGAGGAUAGUGAACGGAUUGCCAGCAGCUCUACGGCGGACAGCUUUGAGCAGGGUGAGUUUGAGGUGGAGGUAUCCACCCAAACGGAUCCUUUGCCAGAUGACUUUGUUUGCGAAGAGUUUGAGAUCACCGAGGACAUGAAGGUCAUUGAGCCAAGACGUUCCACCGGCUCUGGUGGCAAAACUACGCUGGAACAGCUGCUGCAACAGUCACAGGACGAUGUGGACAGUGGCGCACGCAUACUUAGCGAAGAUGAACAGCUGGCCAAGGGCUUACAGCGAUUCCGUGAUGCCAAUCAGCGCAGUUUAUCUGAACGUUCCAGAGCAUCCUCCCAAGCGGAUCGCUCAAAAUCGCUCAGUCGCCCAGUGACGCCCUCCUCUGUAGUCAUUAUAGAACGGCGAGUUCCCACGCCAGAUGCUGUGCAAGCGGCGCUUAUAGUGCAUCCCAUUAGCGUUGCAGAUUUGGAAGAUUAUGACCUAAAAAGAGAAGAGGAGGAGCUGCGUCGCGAGGGUUUGCUAUCGGAUAGCUCUGUGCAGAGUAAGUCUGAUGUUGAGGAUCAACAAGUGGAGCUCGGCUUGAGCGACUAUGCGGCUAGCUCCACAGAUCUGGAUGCAGCCGUUGAGAAACUGCAGCAGGCACAGCUGGGCAGUGACUAUGAGAGUAAACUGGAGGAUGACGAAGUGGAGCGCACAAUGCGACAGAGUGAAUACGAAGAGGAAAAGUACUCGGAGCAGGAGGACGAACAGGUACAAGAGCGCACAGAUGAGGAAAUGGAUACAGAUAUGGAGCAGGAAUUGCGCGAGGAAAUGGCCAAGCUGCUGGCAGAGUAUAGAAAAAAAGACCAUCUUGAGCAGGCAGUGCAACCAGAGAUAGAGCCGUUAAGCGAGACGGAGCAACCGUUCUCAGAUAAAGAGUCAGUCUUAAGCAAAGUGGAAGUAGAGCUGGAAGAGCCACAUAGCGUCGAGGAAACUUUGCAGCACGUUUCAAUUACAAACGCCUUGGCGUCAGAGCCCAGUGAAGCAGAGGUAUCCACACAAUUUGAGGCCACUUUGCCAACAGAGCCUGCAGCGGACUUCACAGAGGAGCUAGAGGAGGACGAGCAUAUGCCUUUGCCGCCACCCAGGCGCAAGUCUACCACAGCCUUGGAGCCCAGCAGUAUGAUAUCCACCGCCGUGCCUUUAACCAUAGCGGAGCAGCCCUUGCGUGAAUUAACGCCGGUGCAGUCACUGCAACCAUCGUCAACUGUACAGCUUCCAAGUCACUUGCCAGAAUUGGAGGUGGAUAGACUGCGCGUGCAUGCGUUGCAAGCAGGUCAAAUACAAGUGGGACAGUUGCAUGGUGCUCAGGUGAGCGCUGAUGAGCUGGACUGCAAAUCUGGGCAGCUGGUAGUGCAGAAUAUAUCGUUGCCACCUAACUUUAUGGAAGAUAUAGUGGAGCGUGUGAAGGAACAGCGUCCCGCCUUGCUCACCAGCGAAACGCAGACAAGUCGUCAAGCCAGUAGCGAACCAGCCAAUGCAGGCGAAACUGAGCCAGAAAAGCCCACAAAGCCGCCACGCCAAACUAAAACAAGUGAAAGCCAGGCACACAGCAAUCUCGAUGAGCAAACACAAACCGAAGCAGCAGCUUAUCCUAGCGUAGAGCUAUUGCAAUCUCUAGCACCGCUGGCUUUCUACAAUUUACAGCAGCAGGCAGAGGCACAGGCGCAAGCCAAGGCGCCACACAAAUGCCGGCGUCGUCAUGUGCAAGAGCAACAACAGGAGCUUGUUUCAGACUCUGACCUUGAUGAACAGCUAUUGGAGCGUCCACGCUCACGUGGACGUCGCUCACGUACUCGCAGCACUACGCAGCCACCAACCGACUAUGAAGGCGACGAGCCCAAGACCGUGAUGCAAGCCGGUCGCCAGUUCAUCUCUGCCUGCAGCUUGGAGCUGGUCAGCAUUAUCAAUCAGCUCACAAAUCUAGUGCGUGGCGAUGCUGUAGAGCCACAGCAGCAACCUAGACAAAUAUCUGCAUUAGUUAUGCUCUUUAUACUCAUAACAUUUGGAGUGCUUGUGUUUCUCUUAACGGGAAGACAGGUGCAUACACAUCAUUGGGAUUACUUUAAUCCACCGGGCAACGAAGGCAGACAGUCGUGAGGGCGACAAGAGAGCGCAGCGAGUAUCAAUGUCAAUUAAAGUUCUGGAAUUUUGCAUUUUGGAGCAAGUACCAACCAAAAACAAUUUAACAAUCGAAUUUAUAAUGCGAAACCAAUGGCCUUAAUCUUAACUAAUCUACAAAUGAAAACAAAAAAAAACUAUAAACAUAUUAUACUAACAGUGGUAAGAACUUAAUAUGUGGGAUUACAAAGAAAAUAUUUGUGCAUAAAAAAAAGUUUCUAGAAUAUCGAUAACCCGGACAAAUACUUAGCAAAGUUUUAUUUCAUUUACAACAAUUUUCACAACUUUUCCGAAUCCCUUCUAUCUUUGAUGGUAAAGUGAGUCCUAAAAAUAAAGCGCUUGCCCUAACACAAUUAUUUAAGCUAAAGAUGCCAGUUCUUAAACAAAUACUAGUCAAAGCAUCCCUUAAAUAAACGAACAAACAAUCCCACAGAUCAAGCAACAACAUUAUCAUUAUUUUUUUUUGUUGACUUGGGAAAACAAUUUUUAAAACGAUUUAUGUAUUAGAUGCGUACUUAAAUUAAGUGAAGAAAUUUAUUUAAAAAAUAAAGCUCAAUUUCUGGGCAUUUCAAUUUGUUAAAAUUUUAUUUUUCUAUAUGUAAAACCAAACAAAACAAUGUUUGUCAAGUGACAUAAAAUCUAUUGUUGUGAAUUAAGCAACAUAGUUAACGUUUACUUAAAUCAUUUUGUAAGACAAACCCCUAAAAACAGACCAUGAUCAACUCUUUGGGAAACGCAAACAAAAUUGCGUGCAUUAUAAAAACAUAUAAAAAUAAUAUACAAUUCAUAACAGCGUACUUUCAAUAAAGUGAACUUUGAUAAAAA